CCCGAGCGCUCUGAUUGGCUGUAAAUCGGAGAGGAAGUAUUGAACUCUCUGAAAAGUUUCACUGGGAGAAAAACUCUUAAGAAAAAAAUCCGCUCCCUUUCUGUUUAGCAGUCAGUGUAUUUUCUUUUACCAAAAAGACGUCUCAACUUCCUCGUAAUGUCCUUCAACAAAGGUCCUGCCUACGGCUUGUCAGCAGAAGUGAAGAACAAGAUUGCACAGAAGUAUGACCCUCAGAAAGAGGAGGAGCUCAGAAUCUGGAUUGAGGACACCACUGGUUGCUCUAUUGAUCCAGACUUCCAGAAAGGCUUGAAAAAUGGGGUCAUUCUGUGCGAACUCAUCAACAAACUGCAGCCGGGCUCUGUGAAAAAAAUUAACAAGUCGUCACUGAAUUGGCAUCAGCUGGAGAAUCUGACAAACUUCAUCAAAGCCAUCACAAAUUACGGUCUGAAGCCUCACGAUAUCUUUGAAGCGAAUGAUCUGUUUGAGAAUGGCAACAUGACCCAGGUCCAGACAACACUGCUCGCCCUCGCCAGCAUGGCAAAGACCAAGGGCUGUCAGUCGCGGGUGGACAUCGGAGUGAAGUAUGCUGACAAGCAGCAGAGAAUGUUUGAUGAUGAGAAGCUAAAGGCAGGACAGUGUGUCAUUGGUCUUCAGAUGGGGACAAACAAAUGUGCUAGUCAAGCAGGUAUGAAUGCCUAUGGCACCAGGAGACACUUGUAUGACCCCAAAGCUCAUAUUCAGCCUCCUAUGGACAAUACAACUAUCAGUCUUCAAAUGGGAACCAACAAAGGGGCAAGUCAGGCUGGAAUGACGGCUCCUGGGACACGGCGGGCUAUUUAUGACCAGAAACUGGGUACAGACAAGUGCGACAACAGCACCAUGUCUCUACAGAUGGGAUUCAGCCAAGGAGCUAACCAGAGUGGGCAGAACUUUGGCCUAGGAAGGCAGAUCUACGAUGCCAAGUACUGCCCAAAGUCUGGAGAGGUGGCAGAGGAUCAAUAUGGAGCUGGCAGCAGCCGCAACUACAUUCCUGACUACCAAGAUGAGGGUUACCAAGGAUACCACGAGGAAGAACAGGUGUACCAGGAGGAUGGUACAGAUUAUCAGGAAAGGGAAAGAGAGAUUAUGUGAAGGUGAUAUUUAUCCAAGGAAAGCCUCAGUGGAGACAUGCGGUUUAUUUAUACCCAUGGGAUGCUGCAUUUUUUAAAAUGUUUUUAGUAAUAGAAAAAUGUAUUUAGCCCGAAAACCAAGGAUGAGCAUCAUCAGCAAUAGUACUUCCUGAUUUUUUUUAAGAUGUACAUUUAAAGAGACUAUCAUUUCAAUUCUUGUCUAGUUUUUUGUCUUGAUUUGUUUUUGGGAAAAUGCUAGCCAUAUAAAAACAAAAAAAACUUUUAUAAACAUUAAUAUCCGUGAAAGACACCAUGUAUUUUUUUGUUUAAUGUGUCUGUUCUGCUAUAAUUCUUCAGUAUUAGUCUGUAACAUAUAGUAAACUGAUCUGAAGUUUUGGACAAAAAGGAAAAAUGUAACCAUAAGAAAAUGCUUUCCAAUGCUGGUAAUGUUCCUCUUACCUUUAGUGUUCCUAAUUCUCUGUUUUGCUUGUGUAAGCACUUUUGGUGCGACCAUGGUCUGUUUGUUCUGGAAUCAUGGAGGUGGGGAAAUUACUUUGUUUUCUUGAAAGACUAGUAAAUACAAGUAUAUGUGAACUGAUGCCACGGGAAUAAUUCUGUCUUUUAUUUAUGUAUGCCGUCUUCUUGAAGGGGAACAAUUUUUUAUUCAUAUUUGAACAGCAUUUGAUAAUAGAAUGAGUUUUUAAAUUUUUUUUUCUUGUUUGCUUAUAGGAGCAGCAUAAAUUCAAAUAAAGCUGCGUACAUCA